AGUUAACACUCUCUCUCACCUCUCCCUCUCUCUCUCUUUCUCUCCCUCCCUCCAUGCCGCCACAUUACGCACGAGGAGAGGGACAUAAGAGGUAUUAGGGGAGAGAGAGAGAGAGCAGAGAGGGCACCGACCGAGAAAUGGAACCCCACGGCAACCCCAUCGGCGGAAGCGGCGGCAGGGCGGAGGCGGAGCGGUGGCUCGGCAUCGCCGAGAAGCUGCUCGCCGGCCGAGACCUCGUCGGGAGCAAGACAUUCGCGAUCCGUGCUCGAGACUCUGACCCUAGGCUCGAAUUCGCGUACCAAAUCCUCGCCGUCGUCGACACUCUGAUUGCCGGCGAGAAGCGGAUCAACAACCAGUGCGACUGGUACGCGAUCCUCCAGCUGACCGGACCGAUUUACGAUUUGGACCUCAUCGCCGCACAGUACCGCCGCCUCGCGAUCCUUCUGAACCCUAGUCGCAACCGUCUUCCCUUCACCGAUCUGGCCUUCAAGCUCGUCUCGGACGCCUGGUCAGUCCUUUCUAACCCUGCCAGAAAAUCUAUUUAUGACAAUGAAUUCGUACUAUUUUGGAAACUCGACCAGCCACCGCUGAGCCGCGGAUCAGAACAUCAUGAAUCAGAACAGCCGCAUAGACACCAGCCUGCCCCGGCCCCGGCACCGACCCCUGCUCCAGUUCCGGCCCCUGUGAAUCGCUUUCUGGAACAGCUCGAACAACCACAGAGGCACCAGUACAAGCAACAAGAACAGCUGCAACAUCCACCCCCGGUGAGCCGCGCACAAGAUCCUCCUGAACGACAGCAGCAAAAGCAACAGCAAAAACAGCAUUACAAGCGGCAAGAACAGCAGCAACGUGCUGCUAGUGAAAAAAGCCCCAGGCACGAUACCACUAACAAGGAGAAUAAUGCGGCUGGGGAAGGUGAAGUACACGAUGAUCAAGAUGAAGAUCCAACCUUUUGGACUGCAUGUCCCUAUUGCUAUAACAUGUAUGAGUAUCCUAGGGUUUACAAGGAGUGUUCACUUCGGUGUCAAAAUUGCCAGAGGGCUUUUCACGCAGUGAAGAUUCCAGCUCCGCCAAUUGUUCCUGGUAAAGAGGCUUACUUUUCUUGUUGGGGGUUUUACCCACUAGGGGUUUCAAUUUCGAAUUUGACGAAAGAUAAAGGUGGGAUUUUGAAUUGGACUCCGUUCUCGCCCAUGUUCCCAGCUCCUCAGUCCGGGAAUGGGGGAAAUAUGAACGUUCAAGGAAAGAAAAGGGGCCAGAACAUUGUGAACGCUGGGAAGAGUGUGGUCCCUAGGACUUAUAUUGAUGAUGAAGAUGCUCUUCUGGAAAUCUCAGAUUCCAGUGAUGAUUCUGAUGAUGAAUGGGGUAGUACUAGACAGAAGAAGAAAGUGAAAAAAGCAAAGGGGAAGAAUUCCGCUGGUAGGAUUGCUAAGAAAGCUCAAGUGGAGAAGGCAAAGAAUGUCAAAGGGGCUACUGGUGACGGUCUGCAAGGUGGGCCUGUGAUGCAACAGGUUGUGGAUGUAGCAAGUGCAUCAAAUGCUGAGACUAGCAGGAAAGCUGCUGCAAAUAAUACAAAGAAGCAGACAGGGAAGGCUCCGAAGGAAUGGGGAAAGUUAGAUUUGAAUGUGGAGUUUAGUAAUGAAGUAGAAGAACCUGCUCCUGGAAUGACUGCAGGGAACAGGGCAGCAGCUAAUGGUGAGGAGGAUGGCAUCGAAGGGAUUAGCUUUUUUGAGGGCCUUGAUGAAUUUUUGAGCAGUUUGCCCAUACUUAAUGUUGUGGGGGAUGAUAAGGUUAAGGCUGCUUAGAGAAGAGAGAGACAUUUUGUAGUAGAUCGUUUAUGUGUAUGUAGUAGUGAAUGCUGUAAGUAACUGGCCGUUUUAAUUAGUGUUUCUAUCAUAGUUAAAUUAAUUGUAAAUGUUCUGGCUAGAAGUUUUUAUCCA